GAUAUGGGCUGGGCACGGAUCGGAUAUCCGAAUUUUUAGAACUAUUUGUGAUUUGUUUCGUAAGUUACGGAUAGCCAAUUUUUUGAUUUGAUUUGCUUCGGAAAAAUACAUAUAUCCAGAAAAUAAAUAGAUAUUUGCGGAUAUGCAUGCAUGAAUAUUUAUAGAUAUCUCAAUUUUUUUAAUUAUUACAAAUAAUCUUAAAAUUUUGAUACAAAUUUGUUUUUAAAACAUUUUUUUGCAUGAUAUAUAAAAUAAAAAUUAAAAGAGGUAGUGAAGCUACAUAUUUUGUAAAUUUUAAACUUAGUUAACAAUUAUAAUAACAAAAAAACUUAAGAAAAGGUUAUAAUUAUCAUCAAUUUUUUUUAUGUUACACUUUUAUAUAAGUAAUAAUUUGAAUAGAAUUUGGCAAAUUAAAUCAUAUAUUAGAAUAAUAAUUAUAUAAACUAUACAUUUAAAACUCUAAAUAUAAUCAAGAUAUACAUGUAUUUAUAUAUUUCCGGAUCAGAACAGAUAUCAUCUUCUCAAUUAAUAUAUGUGAUUUGUUUCAGUUUUAACGGAUAUUAAUUUUAAUAUUUCUUUGCUUCUAAUAUUUAUAGAUAUCCGAAAUUUUCGGAUCGAAUUGAAAGAAAUAACAAAUUGAAUAAAAUUUAGCAGAUAAAAUGCUCUGCUCUAAGUUCAAGUAUAUAUUAACACAGCGUAAUUUCUAAACUGCGAUUGGAACAAGAGGUUUUGAGAUAUGCUAUAGAUAUCCAGACUCAAGAAUAAAAAACGUAAAAAUAUUAUUUACUUGCAGAACAUGUAUAAGUAAUAUAUUUUUGAAUGUCCCCUAAAUUUUAUAUAGAAUCAAAUGCCAUAGGGUAGUGUUUUCUGCUUUGCUUGUAAAAUGAAAAGUUUCAGUGGAAAAUUAUUUUUACUUAAUUAUUUACAGGAAAUGAUUUGGAACGAAUAAAAUGUUUGUAUUGGUCCCUGAGAAAUUAUUUUCAUAAUGCUAGCUACUCUAGUUUUGUAAAGAAAAAUGUACCUAAUAGACCACAUGCACUAUCAUUUAACAUUGUCUUCACUGUCACUAUUUUCCUAAUAAUUAAUAACAUACAAAGUAAGGAAAAAACAGAUUUUUAUUUAUUUAGGCAUGAUAAAAAUAAGCAAAUUUAAGCAAAAAAGAAGAAGAAAAAAGAAGCAAAUGUAGUAAAUCUGACUAAGAUAGAGCUGUAUAUAUUGAAGAAAACAAUAACACUAGUUAUAGAGAAAAAAAUUCAAGAUAGUAAGAUAAAUAACUAUAUAAUAUUGAAGAAAACUAUAGAUAUGCAUUGUAAUUAGUUUGUAUGGUUUCAAUUUACCCUCAGAGAUUUUAUACCUUAAUAGUUAAACAGACAAUAAAGAAUCCUCUCAAUAAAUAGAGAGUUCCUGUCCUUGAAUCUAACACAAAAGAAAUAAGACAUCACUCAAUCCGACCAAAGUUUUACAAAACAAAUUCUUAACCAAGCUAUGUCUCCUUCAAACUCCUCCUCCUCACCCGAGACUGAUCAGAGACUCAAUGAUAUUGUUGUGGCCGUGCAGGAGAAGAGUACAAUGACCAAUCCAAAACAAGUGUCUCCUCAAGAGGUCGUGCCUGACGUGAACAAUCCUAAACAAGUGUCUCCUCAAGAGGUCGUGCCUGAAGUGAACAAUCCAAAACAAGUGUCUCCUCAAGAGGCUGUGCCUGGCCUGAACAAUCCGAAACAAGUGUCUCCUCAAGAGAUUGUACCUGAAGUGAACAAUCUGAAACAAGCGUCUCCUCAAGAGGUUGUGCAUGAAAUGAACAAUCCAAAACAAGUGUCUCCCGAAGAGGUUGUGUCUCAAGUGAACAGUCUGAAACAAGUGUCUCCUCAAGAGGUUGUGCCAGACCCGAACAAUCCGAAACAAGGGCUUCCUCAAGAGGUUGUGCCUGAAACUGAAAGCAAGAAAACUCAGAGGGCAAGUUUCGAGUUACGUGUUCUCCGAGCAAUAAACAAAUUGAUAAAAAAAUAUCCAUCGUUGGAUAAUCAUGCCCUUAUUUGCAACAUCUGCAAGAGAGGGUUCCCCAACGCUAACUCCCUAUGCGCUCACCAAAAGACCCACAAGCAUGACCUAGAGCUGGAAAGAAAGCUGAAGCAGGUGGAGCCAAUCUAUUCUCCUCCUGGUCCUGGACAAUGCUUUUGGAAGAAACAUGAUAACUCUUACCAAGGGGCUCCCUUAGUCACUCACAACUAUAACCGCCCUAAUUUAUCAGAUCUCAACCGUAGUGGUUUCUCUUUUGGUCCUUUUAAGCCUAAUGGAGGCGGUAACUACCCAUACCCUCCUUUCACAAUGAACCCGAGCUAUGGCUCACAUGAUUCAAAAAUUAUGAAUUCUAUUUCUCAACCUAAUACCUUAGGGAGCUGUAGCAACAACAACAACAAUAACAGUAGCUCACAAGGUGCAAUAUCACUUGAGCUCUCUCUUGGUCCAUCUAAGUGGAUGGGAGGCAGCAACAAUAACAGCAGCUCGUUGAAUGGUGGAGUCACUGGAGGAGGAAGCAUGGACUUGAACAUGCCAGUGCGUCCUCUUGUGUCUCGAAAUCAUUUUUACAGCAGUUACCCGCUUGAUUCGUUCACUGGAAACGUUCCUCCUCCUCCUCCUCCUUCUCCAGCUACCAGUCUUUCUAAUGAUGAGAAUGUUCCGGGCUCUAGUCUCAUCUCAAAGGAGAAAAACAAAGCCAUGGUGGUUGAUGAUGAUGAAACGGAUAACGGGGUGACUGGAGGUCAUGAUGCGGAUAAGCCGGCAGAAGUUUAAGCUAAGAGUUGGGGUCGUGGUUCAUCUUCUUCCCUUUGUGUUUUUCAGUUUUAAAUGCUUUGUAUUGUCUCAUAACUAUUUGAAUCAUUUCUUCACCUCAUUCUCUUUUUUUCUCUGUUAUGCUUUGUUGUCUUUUGAAGAUUGAAAUGUUACAUUUUGCGCUUA